CUUUGAGAAUGCAUAUGGUUAUUUGAUACUACAAUCCCCUUUGGUUGCAAUUCUCGCAUAAAGCACCAGAGGGCAGCAGGUCAUAUAAGAAUGAUUUAUUCCACUAUUUCGCAAGGAUACAGGCCUCAAUUAUUUUCGUUCUUAUCCUAAGAAAGGGUUCCAACAAAAAUGAAGAGAAGAUACUAGAACAAAUGUGUGUGUUUCUCUCUCAAAGUUCAGAAUAAAUGAAAAUGGGACGUGGGAACAGUGUUGCGACAGAUCUAGAAGAGAGGCAGUCAGCAAAAUCGGUUUCAAUGGGUAUCUCAUUGCUUGGAAAUAAAAAUAACAAUAAUAAUAAUACCAGAGGUAUGAAAGUUCUAUCACAAGCUAAACAAUACAAUGAGAUAAUACUUCAGUCCGGUGGGCAUGUUAACAUGACCCCAAACAGCACGAAUAAGCGGUCACAUAAGGUUAACACAAUUGUGGUGAAUACAGUUAAACACUCUGUGAUCAGCAUUUCUGCAAAGACGGGUCAACAAAUAGUUGUUGAACAGAAUCCACAUGAUAGAACCUUGGAUAAUACCACUGCUGAAACCAGAAACAGUGUUUUCCAAUUUUGGUCAAAGAUUAAUAAAAGCAACAUGAAUUCUAAUGAGGGGACUAUAAAUACAAACUCAAAGUCAAAAAAAGAUACAGUGAGCACAAUAUCAAAAAAAUUGCUUAACUAUCAAAAUAUAUCUGAAAAGAACUGCAAAAGAUGUACCAUCAACAAUGACUCUGUUGUGACCAUACAGACUCAGAGGAAGAAGAGAGAAGAGCUGAUCUCUUCAAACAAUUUCAUGCAUAUAGACAAUCAUGUCAUUGCUUUGAGUGAACAGAUGAACUUGGAAAAUACUUCUGUACAGGAUGUUGUAUGUAAAAUCACAGAAAAAUCACAGAAUGACCUUGAAAAAUUAAGGGCAAUAUGGAUUUGGCUUUGCCAUAAUGUCACAUAUGAUGUUGAUGGAUUCCUUGGAUUAUCAGAGAAGAUAUUUAAACCAGAAGAUGUUCUGUGGACAAGAAAAGGUGUCUGCUCUGGAUAUGCAAGCUUGUGUAAAAACAUGUGCAGGGAAGUGGGGAUACGAUGCCGUGAAGUAGCAGGAUACAGCCGUGGCACGGAGCACAACAAAGGGCACAGCUUUCACAGGACCAAAUCCAACCACAUGUGGAAUGCUGUGGAGCUGGACAAUCAGUGGUACCUGCUGGACGCCUGCUGGGGAGCUGGCACUGUUGACCUGCAGAACAGAAUCUUCAUCCCAAGCUAUGAUGAUUUCUUCUUUCUUACGGAUCCAGAAGAUUUUAUUGAAACUCAUUGGCCUGAUGACCCAGCUUGGCAGCUUUUGGAUUCAAAAGUAACAUUUGAAGAUUUUGAACAAAAGAUUUUCAAAACCUCAGAAUUCUUCAGGCUUCAUCUUUUUAUCGUUGCCCCAAACGUUUUCCAUCUACUGACUGAUGAUGGUGAAGUUACCGUGUCCUUGGGAUGUUCAUACCAUGUAGAAUUUAGUUAUAAGAUCUAUAAAAUUCUUGAUAAUGACAGAAGUUUGGUUGACAAGAUUCAUGGGAUUUUGACCAUGCAUGAAUAUGGUAUGAGCCUUAGAGUCAUUCCACCAACUGAUGGUAUCUAUGAGCUGAUGAUAUAUGCAAGGACCACAGGCACUAAAGAUUCCUACAAAUGGGUUUGUUCAUACCAAAUUAAAUGUCUGGAACCAAAACGUUCACAGGAGUUGCCUCAAAAUCCUUUCCAUUAUUGGGGUCUACAACAAAAGGCAAAAGAGUUUGGAAUAAAUGGCUUCAAUUUUGGAGGAGAUCUGAUUAUGACAGAAAAUGGUGUCCUGGGUCUAACUUUCAAGACAUCCAGGCCAUUAUUGGCUAUGUAUGAACUGGCACAUAAUGAGUUUACUGGGUCUAUCAGCAAGAAGUGCAUUGUUUCUCACAUUGAAGAAAAACAGCUUAGCUGUCAUCUUUUGCUUCCUUUUCAUGGAUUUUACAGGCUUUCCCUAUUUGUGAAGGACUUGGAUGCAGAACAGUUCAAAAACACUGCAAACCUACUUAUACAGUGCAAAAGCCCCAUAAACCACAAUGAUCUAUUCCCAUCUGCACUUAGUAACCACUGUGGACCUGGUAUCAACUCAAAACUUCAUGGUCUCAUUGACCCAAGUCAUGUAUCUCCUAUCAUAAACACAAAAACUGGAAAAUGCAACAUCACCUUUCAUACACUAUCAGACGUGGAGGUGUUUGCAAUUCUUGAAAAAGACAAAAUAAGCAAUACUGUGUUCUCUUUAGAAAGGUACUGUUUAAUUACACAUUUAGAACACAAAACAAGCAUAAGUGUUCUUAUUCCAGAAUCUGGAUACUACAAAUUGAGUAUCUUUGCAAAAAGUCAAGAUAACCAGGAGUUUGCUCAUGUUUGUGAUUAUGUCAUACGAUGCCUCUCAGAUAAUCACUUGCUCCCUUUCCCAAAGCUUUACAGUGCAUGGCGAAACAGUUAUACAUUACUACAACCUCGAUCUGGCCUCUUAAGUGCGGAAAGCUGGGUGAAUUUUAGAGUGAAAAUACCAGGUGCCUGUAAGGUGGUUUUGAUUGGUCCUGUAAAAACAGAAUUGCAGCUCAUUAAGAAUAAAAUUUGGGAGGGAAGUAUUUUUACUGGUCCCAUUGGCACUCUGAUAAAAUUGGCAGUAAAAUUUACCCAGAAUUCUACAACAAUGGAUAUUGUAAUGUCAUUCAUUACCCAGAUAAAUCUAAAUAUGAUUGAUGGAUCUUCAGGUUAACAACAUUAUGCCUUUAUUUUGGUACUAAUCUCCUGAUGGAAAAUGUCAACACUUGAAUUUUCUGCUUUUAAGAAAUAUUCUCUAAGGUAUUACCAGCAACCUAAUGGAUAUAUUAUACCCUUUCCUUCAGUUUAAUAUAUACAUUGAUUUUAUAUGAUAUAAACAAUAUGUGUUAUUGAUAAUUGCAUGACAAACGUCUAUAUGCUAUUUUAGACUCAUAGAUCCCUAUCAGAUGUAUUAAUCUCUCAAAAGGGAAGAGUGAAACAGACAGGUGUCAUACAGAAUAUGAGGUUAUUGAAGAAGAUAGUUACAAACAAUAUUUAGUAGUCUUAAAGGUUUACUGCUGUGAAAUUGUUCGCUAUUUCGAUAAUACCAGGUAUAGCAUAGUGAAAAUGCUUAAAAUCUCGCAAGACUUUUAGCCAAUUAGAGAGAAGUGUUUGAAAAAUACUGGUUGUGCUGACCACACCCCCUUACUUGUGCAAGGAAAAUUUGAAGAGAAGGUAGCACCUCAUAAAGUAGAAACAACCUUUAUAAAUAUUUUUUCUCAAGCAGGAGCCUGGAAACGUUAAUAAAGGUUGUUUCUACUUUAUGGAGUGCUACCUUCUCUUCUGUUUUCCAUAUACAUUGGUUGUGGAUCUAUGAGAGGGUUCCUGAAGGUGUAAGCAACCUCACCUUUUGUGCAAGUCUGAAUUUCAGUUUAUUUGUCCAAUGCUGGAGUGCUGAUCUGAACUUUGUGCAAGGAGAUCAUCUCUUGGAAGCCAUCUUGUUUCACAACUUUCUGCGAAUAAAAAUGAAAUUGAUAAAUUAUUGAGUGACAUUACUGCAUGAACCACUACCUGGGUUUCACGUAAUAAAUUUAUAUUUCUUAUUUGCACAAUAGUUAGAUUAACUAUCGCCCAUUAUUGGAAGUCAGUGAUACCUACUUUUCAACUCAUUAGAAACAAAAUUGCUUAUUACUACCAGAUGAGCAGCACUGCUGCUGAUUUAUUAGAUACUAAAGAGCAGUUCAUUUCCCUUUGGGAACCGUGGAUUAUGCAUUCAGAAGCCAGAUCCAGACAACAACCAGACAUAAACACUAUUAUAGCUUCUUAAAUUUUGCUAAAGCAUUCCUACCAUAUGCAAAUGCUCAGAUUGAGGGUUCAACCUUCUAUUUGGAGUGGUUGACGGGGAAUUGGUGCCACGUUUGUGUCCACUAGGUAUUGUAUACCACUGAGCUUACUAAUUUUAUAGAAGGUCGAGAGUGAACAUUAUGUGUACCUCCUUGUUUGAGGUCCAAGGCAUAUGAACAUGCACAUUGAUACCCUUUAUAAUACUCAUUGCUGACUCAUGUUUAACAUAUCUAAUUGUUACCUUUGAUGUAAGUGCGGGAUUGUGAUCGUGAUCUGUAAAUGCACGCUUUGUUUUCUGUUAUGUUAUUUUUGUUUUCUAUUUUUGAGGGAAGAAGAAAAAAUAAAAGAAAAUCAAUAAAAAUAUUUUUCAAUUAAAAAUGAAAUUGAUUAUGUGGCCUUGAUCAGAAACUGAAAUAUAAACUACUCUUUGUCCUUGCAUGUUUCUUGGACUUCCAAUACUUAUUGUGUCCAGACUCUGAACAGUCAUUGGUUUAAUCAACCUUGUAUAUUUACCUUUAACUUACACUUGAAUGAACUUUGGCAUCCUUUAACCUUGCCUUGUUAUUUCUGAUGCAUUUUAUACAUAAUUGUUAUCGCAUAUUUUAUAUAAAGUUUUAUAUAGCCUAAAUACUAUGUAUACUAUGUAUAACUCUGUGCUUAGCCUGCCUCCUUCCUGUUCUGCAGCUAGUUUUCAGCCUGUCGUAACCAAAAUAUUGCAAAACCAAUUAUUAUAUGUAUUAUUAUGCUCUGUUAUUUAGAUGAGAAAGUCAGUGUACACAAAAUGUCAAACAGAAGAAAGUAUGUAUUAAAUUAAAAUAACUUGUCACUGAUUCACGGUUAAUGUUCCAGUUAACAGUUGUCUUGAUUAUGGACAAUAAAAUGAUAAACAAUGACCUUUGUACAGUGGAAUGAAUAACAACUUGUUAUUUUUUUUUAUCCAAUCAUUUUUACAGAACCACAAAUAAAAUGAUUUAUGCUUUCUGAAA